AUGCCAUCUUCAGCGAUUGCCCAUAUUGCUGUCUUCUCGGUUGGUGCGGCAUUGGGUGCUGGAAUCGCAGCAGGAGUCGCGUCAAGGAAACAUGCCAAAAAUAUAAGUGUUGCACCACCAAGCGAAAGUUCUUCUCAGAUCGCCGGCUCAGCGCCUCUGCAACUGCAAGGGCCUCUCAUCCAAGCAUCAAACACGAGAGCGCAUGGAGUACUACAGUUGGCACCUACAGUGCCGUCCGAUGUGCUACGUUACGGAAACCCAGGUCCCAUCUCCGAUUUGAUUGUACGCAAAGCAUAUGUCGCCGGGUACGACAGAAGGCUGAGGCAUCCAGCAUGGACCGCAGAGCAUCUUACGCUCUCUUCGUUAUCCAAGUCAGCGUCUAAAGGAGACCGUUCAAAAUCUGAAUUCAAAGAAGAUCAGAGUCUCCCUGUGUCUUUCCGUGCGCGGCUUCAAGACUACUUCAGAAGUGGGUAUGAUCGAGGACACAUGGUUCCUGCUGCAGAUGCCAAAGAGGCAAUGGAUGAGACAUUCCUUUUAUCUAACAUCGCACCUCAAGUAGGCAGAGGGUUUAAUCAGCACUACUGGGCAUACACCGAAGAUUGGUGCCGACGACUUACUAAUACAUUCCAGGACGUAUUUGUCUUUACCGUCCCACUUUACCUACCCAAACAAGAUCAGGACGGAAAGUAUCGCGUCACUUAUGAAGUGAUUGGAAGCCCACCAAACGUCUCUGUUCCAACUCACUUUGCAAAAGUUGUACUGGGUUCUCGCCCAUCCUCGCCUUCAACACCUCAAUUAACUGAACUUUCCCUUGGAGCGUUUGUGUUACCAAACUCAGAAAUCCCAGACGACACACCAUUGACAAAGUUCGUUGUCCCUGUGGAAACAGUUGAAAGAGCGGCAGGUCUGGUAUUGUUUUCGGACGACAUUAAACAGUCGUCCAAACACAUCUGUCAAACGGCCCAAUGCGAGGUCAUCGUUCGUCGAUUUGAUGAUGCACAGCGGCAAACGCGAAGAGCUCUCCCUGCGCCUAAGUAG